GGCUCGGAGGUCCCAAGUUAAAUCUGAUGGACUUACGAGUUCUGUCUUACAACUGUCGUGGCCUGCGCUUGGGCCAGAGUGCAGCAGAUCAAGUUCGCCGAGUAGUUGUAGAUAAACUUUUGGAACAAUGUGAGGUGUUGUGUCUACAAGAGACAUUUUUAACUAAACAGGACUUGGAUGGCUUAAAUUCCCUACAUAUUGAUUUCCACGGGGCUGGGGAGUCCACGGUGGAUAUUGAAGACGGCAUAAUUAGAGGUCGGAUUCCCGGAGGUGUGGCCAUUCUCUGGGAUAAAAGACUUGAUUCCUACGUAAAUGUGAUAAGACUGGAAGUGGACUGGUGUAUAGCCAUACAUCUUAAACUUAACGGCAAAGAAUGUGUUAUCUUCAAUGUGUAUACCCCCUGGGAGUGCCACCAUAACGAAACAGAGUUUCUUAACAGGCUUGCUUUUAUUAAUUGUUUUAUUCGGGAUCAUAAUUUUUUAAAUGUGUUUAUAAUUGGAGACCUUAACUCUGACAUCUCUGAUUGCGCUUCUACAUUUGGAAAUCAUUUAAAACAGUUCUGGGAAGAUAAUGGUCUGACACUCUCAACUGGAAUUCUGUUGCCAGAAGAUAGUUUUACCCACAUCAGUGAAGCGUGGCAUACAACCUCAUGGUUAGACCACUGUGUCACAUCCGCUGAUGCUCAUGCAUCUCUAACUAAUAUGAAAAUAUUUUAUGAGCUUGCACUUGCCGAUCAUAUUCCAUUUGGGAUGCAAAUAAACUUCUUGGCGUUUCCAAUUAGGGAAUCUUAUGCCAAUAAAGGGGCUUUGUACUUGGAUUGGAAUGCUCUUUCACAAGAUGAAGUUUCUCUGUACUCUAGAGAUACAGAUAGAUUAUUGAGUGACAUAUAUUUGCCUAGAGAAGCAAUAUCAUGUGGUGAUGUUAAUUGUAAAAGCUCCACUCAUGUCCUCGCUCUCUGGUCUAUGUAUGAGAAUAUAAUCUAUGCGCUGCUCAAUCCAAGCAAAUCACUGUAUAAACCAAAAUCCAGAAAAAGGGGUAGUCCAGGGUGGAAUGCCCACGUCAAGGAGCUCUUCUUAGAAGCAAAAGAGGCAACAAAAGAAUGGAUUGUCGCUGGGAAACCUAGACAAGGGCCAAUUUUUGAGCAUAAAAGGGCUACAAAUGCAAGAUACAAGUAUGCUAUACGCUUCAUUAGCAGAAACAAUCAGGCGAUGAGAUCAGACUCUAUGGCCAGGAAUCUCUCUUGUCACAAAACUAGAGACUCCUGGAAAGAAGUGAAACACAUAAACUCUGGGAAACAAAGUAUCCCAUGUGUAAUAGAUGGAGUUUCUGGCCCUGAGAAUAUCCUGGAGCAUUGGCGACAACACUACAGUACAACUUUUAAUUGUGGCCAGACUGAUGAGGUGUAUAAGAUAAACGAUGUUGGUGCCUGUGAUGCAAUCACAGUGCAUGAGGUCCUUCAGGCUUCUGCCAAAUUGUCAGAUAACAAGGCCACUGGUCUUGAUGAUGUUUCCACUGAACACACAAAGUUCGCAAGUCCAAAGG